AUGACAUUUCGACUCAAAGAUGCACAACUCAAGAUCCAUUUUUUUGUUAAUGUUAAGAAUAAAUCCAAAUCCAAUCCUAAAGUAUCUAUUGUUAAAGAAGUAUCUAAGGAAGUUGUUAAAGACACGAAGAAGGAAAAGUCGAAGCCUAAGGGUGUUGUUAUUAAAGAUAUUAAUGAGGAAGUACAAAAGAAGAAGCGAAAGGCUAUGGGUUUACUGAAAAGGUUUUCGAAUAUUAGAGCUCAAACUAACGAAUAUCAAUAUGUUCCAGCAAAGCUUAAGAAGAAGAUUCUUGAUCAAGAAGAAGUCCUAGUCGAGACAGAUGAUGAAGAGACUGAUACUGAGGGUCCUACCUCAACUCCUAUUUCAAUAAAUAAAUGCAAAGGCAACCCAAAUGCCACUGUAUUCAUAUAUGAUGAGGAUACAAACAUCCUAAAUCCUGAAAUAAUUUCGACUUCGGAUUCUAGGUCGACAAGUGUUAUUCCACCCAAAGGUCCUACUACCAAUUCCAAUAUGGAAGAGGAUAUGUCUUCAAACAUCAGUGAUAACUUAUUUAAUAAGGACUCAAAUGUUAACAUGGGUGAGAAUCCCUCGACUUAUGCUCAAUAUUCUUCGAAUGUUCUACCACCACCUUCGUCACCACCACAAACAUCGACAAUUUCGCCUAUGACAAUUCCUAUUAAUUAUCCUACCUUUGAAGGCAUCUUGGAAAAACCCAUUUCUACAUUAUUCUCUUCUCAAUCUACUAAUCAAGAUUUGAGAAAUAAUAAGGAAGAUGAAAGGAUUUGGUUUGUUCAACUUGAAUUUGAUCCUGAGGAAGAAGAAAUUAAAGAUCAGGCCAUUAUGUACAGGAAUCCAUACAGGAUUCUAAACUCAAAGCUUAAUAUGAUUCUAUAG